UUUGAUCACUGGUUGCUACUCUGCUGUUAUCGAUUUGAUUUUGUUAAUUUCAACUAUAUACCUAUUCUUAUUGUGGGAAAUAUUAGUUAUUUAACGCUAAAUGGACAAUCUAUGCUAUAUCAGGCUAAGGAUCUAAGAAAAACUGUUUAGGAUAAAGUUGGUUGUGUAGCUGUAAAAUGGCUGAUGGGGUCCAAAUCCUCCUUAGGCGUAAUCGCCCUGGCUCAAAAGCAAAGGAUUUUUGUCGCUGGCCUGAUGAGCCAUUUGAAGAAAUGGACAGCACUUUGGCAGUUCAGCAGUUUAUUCAACAGACGAUAAGACGUGAUCCUGCAAACUUAGAAGCAAUUCUCAAAAUGCCUGAGGCUCAGGACGAAGGAGUGUGGAAAUAUGAACAUUUGAGACAGUUUUGCAUGGAGUUAAAUGGCUUAGCUGUAAGAUUACAAAGUGAAUGUAAACCUGAAUUAUGCACUCAGAUGACUGCAACGGAACAAUGGAUAUUCCUUUGUGCUGCACAUAAAACACCUAAAGAAUGUCCUGCUAUUGAUUAUACCAGGCACACUCUGGAUGGAGCUGCCUGUUUACUAAAUAGCAACAAAUAUUUUCCAAGCAGGGUGAGCAUAAAGGAGUCUUCAGUAGCAAAGCUGGGAUCAGUUUGUAGAAGAGUCUACAGAAUCUUUUCUCAUGCAUAUUUUCAUCACCGAGCAAUAUUUGAUUCUUUUGAGAAGGAGACCCAUUUAUGUAAAAGAUUUACAUAUUUUGUGACAAAAUACUCUAUAAUAUCAAAGGAAAUUUUAAUACUGCCAAAGUUGGAUGAUGAAACACCUAUAACCCAACCUGUAGGCGAAUCGGAAGCUUGAUUCAGCAAUACUAAUUUCCUGUACUUCCCUAGCAUACGCCCAGUAUUGACUAGUCUGAUUAUUUAUUCUAAACCUAUAUUAGACAAGCUAGUAAGUUUUUACACAGCAAUUACUAUCUAACCUUACAAUUACCUGUAAUAGGUAAACCAGGUUCAGGUUUAGAAUAUUUUUUUAACUAAGGUUAUAUUAUUGUCUUGGAGCUAAAUUUGCACUACUGGCAACUGUCAUCAUCCCAUUACCAACAAGAAGAUAAAUUGCAAUAAAAAACAAGUUAUGAAUGCAGUUUUAGGCUUGUUGUACUAUGUAUUAAGCCAAUAUUGCAAUGUGCUCAUAAAUCACUAUAAGGCACUAAGAGUGAUUUUUUAUAUUGGAAUCAAAAUGCAUUCAUAAAAUGUUUUUUUUUUCAAUUAUGUUGCUGAAUUUGAUAUUAUAUUACACAGUCCAAUGGUAAUAACCCCAAUAUUUUUAAUGUGACAAGAUAAUACCUUUUGAGAGAUCUGUUUAACACACUUUUUUAAUAUUCAGUCCUAUUUGUUAUAAAUAGUAAUUAAGUAUAAUAAUGGAACUUAAAUAAACUAUGUGUUCUGACUCUAAA